UUCCUCCCUUCCUCUUCACAGUUUUCAGUAUCGGAGAUUUAUCUGCAUUUACUGGGGGCUUGGAUCUCACGGUGAUCCGAGUCCAGACGCCGGAGCUUCUGUCGCCGUUGAGACUUUUUUGUUUUAUCACUUUAUUUCCCUCACAAAGCUUCUUCCUUUUAGUCCAAAGGAACUUCUUUUGGAUUUGGACACUGCACUCUGUUAAUGGAUUAUGAUCGUUAUUUUUGGCUGACCAUUUGCUCGUUUCGUCAUGCUGGUACCUCCAUGACUUCUCGACGAGAAUUUUGUUAACCUCGUACUGGGACUUUCUGACGGAAGUCGUGAUUUGUUCGCUGAGCUACGCGGAAAAUUGAAAGUGAAGGGAUCGAACAGGAAGACGUACUCGGUUUGGGCUUUCGCAGUGGCUGCUAAAUCUGGAGCCGAAGGCAUGGCUCAAGAUGGUUGAUCUUCAAAAUUGAGAUUGCUAGUUAAGUUAGCUAGUAUCUGAAGAAACUACGGGGAAGACUUGGCCUGAGAGCAUAUUGGAUACUGUUCCACCGGCAUCAUGGUUCGAGAAAAAGAUGUGUGCUGGGAAUACUGUGAGAAGAUGGACGGAAAUAAGGUGAGAUGCAAAUUUUGCCUCAAAGUACUGAACGGGGGCAUUAGCAGACUGAAGUUUCAUUUAUCCCGUUUGCCAAGAAAAGGUGUACAUCCAUGCACAAAAGUCAGAGAUGAAAUUACUGAAAGGGUGAAAGAAAUUAUAACAAUGAAAGAAGAGGGAAAGGAUGCUUGCAGCUCCACUUCUAAAAGGCAAAAGCAGAUUGAAACUAUAUUUCCUGCAUUAGUUCCGAGUAUUAAACCUCUUAUGUCCCCGCUAGAUAUUUCACCUCCUGUGCCAAAAAUUCUUACAGGAUGCACUACCAUCAGACCACAGUCUCUUGAUGCAGAGAGAUGCAUCGCUGAGUUCUUCUUUGAAAACAAGUUGGAUUUCAGUGUGGCCCGCUCUUGUUCAUAUCAGCUUAUGCUGGAAGCUCUUGGUGGUCCAGGAUUCAGAGGGCCCUCAUUAGAAGCUUUGAGGACAACAUGGUUGCAGAAGCUGAAAUCUGAGGUCACCUUGCAAAUAAAAGAAAUGCAGAAAGACUGGGCAACCACUGGCUGCACUAUCCUUGCCGAUACAUGGACAGACCAUAAAUCAAGAGCCUUAAUUAACUUUUUUAUCUCAUCUCCUUUAGGAACCUUUUUCUACAAAUCUGUUAAUGCAUCUGCAUACUUCAAAAAUACCAAAUGCCUCUAUGAUUUAUUUGAUUCUAUCAUUCAAGAAUUUGGCCCUGAAAAUGUUGUUCAAGUUAUCGCAGAUAGCUCUUUAAAUUACUUGAGCAUUGGAAAUCUCAUGAUGCAGAACUACAGCACGAUCGUCUGGUCUACUUGUGCUUCUCACUGCUUGAAUUUAAUUCUGGAGGAUUUUUCCAGCAUCGACUGGGUGAAUAGAUGCAUCUUGCAAGCACAAUCCAUCACGAGAUUCAUUUACAAUCAUAGCUGGGUACUUGAUUUAAUGAGAAAGUUCACAGGCGGUCAGGAUCUUGUUUGCUCUGCCAUUACGAGGUCUGCAUCAAACUUUCUUACCUUGCAGUCAAUGUUGAAGCACAGAACAAGGUUGAAGCAUAUGUUCAAUAGCCCAGACUAUUCAUCUUCUCCUUAUGCAAACAGACCUCAAAGUGCCUCUUGCGUGGACAUCCUAGAUGACAAUGAAGUUUGGGGGGUAGUUGAAGAACUUGCAGCUGUUUCUGAACCUCUGUUAAAAGUGUUAAGGGAUGUUUCUGGGGUUAAACCUGCAACUGGUUAUAUAUAUGAGUCUAUAACAAGGGCCAAGGAGUUCAUAAGGACUUACUACAUAAUGGACGAAGGGAAAUGCAAGACUUUUCUCGAUAUAGUCGAUACAAGGUGGCAAAACCAGCUUCACUCACCACUCCAUGCUGCAGCAGCAUAUUUAAAUCCUAGCAUACAAUACAAUCCCGAAGUGAAAUUUCUUGGGAUCAUAAAGGAACAAUUCCUCACUGUUCUAGACAAGCUACUACUGAUACCUGAACUGAGACAAGAUAUCACACAACAGAUCUAUAUAUUUAAAAAGGCACAAGGGAUGUUUGGGUCCAAUUUGGCUAAAGAAGCUCGCAACACCACAUCCCCGGGAAUGUGGUGGGAACAGUAUGGUGAUUCAGCUCCUGGUCUACAGCGAGUGGCGGUGAGAAUACUUAGCCAGGUCUGCAGCACCUCCUCAAUCUAUGAGAGAAACUGGAGUUCAAUUCAGCAGAUUCACUCAGAAAAGCGCAAUCUGCUGAAUAAGGAGGCUCUAAGUGACCUUCUCUAUGUUCACUACAAUCUUAAGCUUCAACCGAAAGGAAAGGCUGCAGAUGCUGAUCCUAUCAUUCUUGAUGACAUAGAUAUGACUUCAGGUUGGGUGGAAGAAACAGAAAAUCACAAUUCGACCCAAUGGCUGGAUCGGUUUAGCUCUGCCUUGGGUGGUGGAGACUUGAAUGCCAGGCAGUUUAGUGCUACGUCCAUCUUUAAUUCAAAUGACAUAUUUGGUUUGUGAUAUAUGUAUAAAAAGUAUAGCUUUUUUUGUUUCUCCAUCACUAGAAUUAGUGCUUAGAAAUGUUGUAUCAAACGUACCUAAUAUGAGAUCCUUGUAUGUAUACGAGUGUAUGUAUAUAUUCCUUUCUUAGAUAUAUGAACUCUAAUGCUCUUCUGUAGCAC